CAUGCAGGUGUGGCUUUUUAUGCUGCAAUUCUUCGACCUGGUGAAAGAUAUGAAUAUGGACUUAGUAGAAGUGUUGAAGUUCCAAUUUCAGCUGAGUUUCUCCAAAUUGGGACAAGCAUACCUCGUGUCAUCACUGACCCCAGUGCAGCAGAAAAUGCUCCAGAUUUUGCGUGGGUUUGGGCUGGCGUAUCGAAAAUCAAAAUCAGACCCGAAAUUUUAUCCUACCAGAUUAUCGAUAGCCAUGUCUCACGGGAUGGAUGCCUUGGGCGACAGCCAGAAAGAAGGCUUCCUGAUUGUGGAGACGAAUAUGCGUGUGUUUGCCUACACAUCCUCGACCCUGGAAAUUGCCUUAUUAGGACAGUUUGUGGACCUCAGAUACCGCUUCCCCGGGUUUGUCGUGGGAGUCAUUACACGGGAGAGCUGUAGGCAGGCAUUGGUUAAUGGAAUCGCCGGUAACCAGAUUGUGGGCUACAUACAAACCCACGCACACCCCCAGAUGCGUACACUGACGCCCGUUAUCCCAGUGAAUGUGACGGAUCAGAUCAUGAUGUGGGAGAAGGAGCGUGACAGGCUGGUGUUUAACGAAGGCUAUCUGUAUCAAGAUUUCCCCAACGAGGAGGAUGCGAAGUUUGUACACAAGGCUGCGAUCGAUUUCGAUGUCUUAAUAUGGGCGAAUACCGCCAACAAUCAAUUCUUUGUUACGGAGGCGGGCCAUGAACGCAUCCGCAGAGCCUAUAAGAAGCGCAAAGAAGGCAUGCGCUGAGAUAUUAAUGGAUGUAUAAAGCUUAAGUUAUUAAUGGAUGUAUGAAGCUUAAGUUGUUAAUGGAUGUAUAAAGCUUAAGUUAUUAUAGGAUGUAUGCAGCUUUAGUUAUAAAUGGAUGUAUGAAGCAUAAGAUAUUAAUGGAUGUAUAAAGCUUCAGGUAUUAAUGGAUGUAUAAAGCUUUAGAUAUUAAUGGAUGUAUAAAGCAAGUUAUUAACGAAUGUAUAAAGCUUAAGGUAUGAAUCGAUG